AUGCUCCGAAAACGCGCUCCACCAGAGGGCGCGGACUUUUGGCUGAUCAACCCGGCUGAUCGCAAGUCCAGCUGUUCUUCGUUGCCCUCCAACAUUCAAGGCAUUGUUCCUAAUCCACUCAUUGAUACUGAUCGCUCAAUACCCUGGAACCUGCGCCGAUUUCCCGCGCAUCUGGAAUUGCUCUGGUUCUUGCCAGACGUGUUCGUCCUGACAUUCUCGUUGCGCAUCCUUCCUUACCAUCGAAAACGCGCCUGUGACUACGCCUCGUCCCAAGCCACCACCUGUGUGAUAGUCGACGGAUGA